AUGGGUCUCUUGGCACUGGGGACGGCGCUUGAAUGGCCCGAGGCGAAGAAACGCGCCCACCAGGUGCGGGAAUGGGGCAUUCUCCAACUUCUCGAAAUCUGGAACAAAGCCAAGGGCAAGGAGCGAGAUGCCAUGCUCUGGGGCGAUGAGGUCGAAUACCUGGUUGUCACGUACAGCGAGAAUGACUCGAAGGUCCUGCUCUCUCUUCGGCAAGCCGAGAUCCUCAAGGCCUUGGCCGCCGACAAGGACCUGGCCGCCAAGGGCGGCUGCGUGUCGCCCGUGGACGGUGACGUUGUCGCCAAGCCCAAGUACGUUGACGCCGUCGCCCGUGUCGAGUGCGAGCGCCCAUCGGUUCGUCCGCUCACCGUCGUCGCACGCAGGAAAUCGUCCCUGCCCGUCUUCCAUCCCGAGUUUGGUCGUUUCAUGCUGGAGGCUACCCCCGGGAAGCCGUGGGGUAUCGGCUUCAAGGAGCUCCUCGACGUCGAGCCCGACAUGAAGCUCCGCCGAAGGAUUGCCAAGGAGCACAUGCGUCUGACCGAGUAUCCCAUCACGCUGACCACGUUCCCGCGAAUUGGAUGCCCCGGUCAGUUCACCGACCCUUACUAUCCCACAUCCGGUCCCAAGCUGCGCUCGCAGUUUGUGCCCGAUGAGAUUGCCAACCCUCACAUUCGCUUCCCCACCUUGGCCGCCAACAUUCGCUGGCGCCGCGGCCGCAAAGUCCAAGUCAACGUCCCCGUGUUCCACGACAAGGAAACGCCGACGCCCUGGAAGGACCCUACCGUCAACUUUGACCUGCACAACUGGGCCGAGGAUGACGACGUCCGCAACGGCGCCGCGCCCGACGAUUACAUUCACAUGGAUGCCAUGGCCUUCGGAAUGGGAAGCUGCUGUCUUCAGAUAACAUUCCAGGCCAAGAACAUCACCGAGGGGAGGCAGAUGUACGACCAGCUGAGCCCGCUCGGCCCCAUCAUGCUAGCCCUGACGGCGGCGACCCCCAUCUAUAAGGGCUUUCUGGCGAACACGGACGUGCGGUGGAAUCAGAUCAGCCGCGCCGUCGACUGUCGAACGCCGGAGGAGCUCGGCGAGAAGCCUCUCGAGAACGACCGCUGGAGGAUACCAAAGUCUCGCUAUGCCUCCAACUCCACCUACAUCUCCACGGACCCGAGGUUGCGGCAGGAGUACAUGGAUCCUGAUCUGGUCAUCGACCCCGACAUCAAGGAGAAGCUCGUCGAGGGUGGCAUGGACGACCGGCUGGCGACGCACUUUGCCCACCUUUUCAUCCGAGAUCCCAUCGUCGUGUUCGAGGAAGACCUCCAGGAGCUGGACCUGAACAAGACGGACCACUUUGAGAACCUCCAAUCCACAAACUGGCAGCACAUUCGGUUCAAGCCGCCGCCGGCGGAGAACAACACUGGCUGGAGAGUCGAAUUCCGCUCCAUGGAGAUACAGGUGACGGACUUUGAAAACGCCGCCUUUUCCGUCUUCAUGGUUCUCGUGACCAGAGCCAUCUUGUCCUUUGACCUCAACUUCUACAUACCCAUCAAGAAGGUGGACGAGAACAUGGAACGUGCACAUGCGCUCGAUGCCGUCCUCGAGAAGACCUUCUUCUUCCGCAAGAAUCCCUUCCCUCCCCGGCCCUCGCGCGCCAACACCGCUUUCGGCGACGAGUCCAGCAGACCUGGGUCUGCCAUGCCUAGCCGGCCGGGUUCCCCGGCACCGCCGGUGGAAGAGGAGUACGAGGAGAUGACGAUUGACGGGAUCGUCAACGGCUCACCCGACGGCGACUUCCCCGGCCUCAUCCCCAUCGUCGAGAGCUACCUCGACAGCGUCAACGUCGACGUCGAGACCCGCUGCCAGCUCGCCACCUACCUGGAGCUGAUCAGGAAACGGGCGAGCGGCGAGCUCGAGACGACGGCUCGGUGGAUACGCAACUUUGUCGGCGCGCACCCAGGCUACAAGCACGACAGCGUUGUCGACGAGGCUCUGGCCCACGACCUCAUCGGCGCCGUCAUCGCCGUCGGCGAGCGGGAGGCGGCGGGCGAGAACUUUGCUGGACUCGGAAUCCACGGCCUGUCGAAGCUGCUGGGAUCAUUCCGAGGUGGGUGCGGGCCCGACACGGACGGUCAGGUCAAUGGGGAGCAGACCAACGGACGGGCCAACGGGGAACAGGCCAACGGACAGGCCAACGGAGAGGCCAACGGAGAACAGGUCAACGGGCAGGCCAACGGAGUGAUCAACGGAGUGACCAAUGGCCAGUCGAAUGGCGCAGGAAGCAUAAGCAUCUCGGUGGAGGAAUUGGAUCGGGAAACGGGGCCACUCAAGCGCAAGAGUGAGUGGAUGGACGGCGAAACGGGACAGUCGGAGUGA